AUGAGUUCGACGACAACUGUCACCGAGACAGUCCCUAGUACUGCCACUACUAUCACGGCCGAAAAUGUAGCUACUCUUUUCCCCGACGUCGACACAUCACUCGCUCGCUCGAUUCUGCCCACUGCACCUGACUCCUCUGUGCGCGCAGGAGGUGAUCUUGAGGGUUACGAUGAAGAGCAAGUCCGCUUGAUGGAGGAGGUUUGCAUUGUUCUCGACAAUGAUGAUAAGCCAAUUGGUAGCGCAAGCAAGAAGACCUGCCAUCUCAUGACAAACAUUGACCGCGGGCUUCUCCACCGUGCAUUUUCGGUUUUCCUUUUCGAUUCACAGAACCGUUUGUUGAUCCAGCAAAGAGCUGCCGAGAAGAUUACCUUCCCCGAUUUGUGGACGAAUACAUGUUGCUCGGCAAGUCCUGUCGUUCAUCCCCUCGGUAUUGCUGGAGAAACCGGCGCGGAGUUAUCGGCUGCGAUUGAAGGAGUCAAGAGAGCUGCCCAGCGCAAGCUCGACCAAGAAUUAGGAAUUAAACCCGAGCAGGUCCCACUCGAUAAAUUUCAAUUCUUGACUAGAAUUCACUAUCUUGCGCCGAGUGACGGUAAAUGGGGAGAGCACGAGAGUGAGCUUUUCUUUCCUCCUCGAUACGACCAUGCCGAUGUCGAUGUCAACGCCAAUCCAAACGAGAUUCAAGACACUAAGUACGUCACAGCAGAAGAACUCAAGACCAUGUUUGCGGACCCAAACCUGAAGUUCACCCCAUGGUUCAAAUUGAUUUGCAAUAGCAUGCUUUUCGAGUGGUGGAGCCAUUUUGGCACUGAGACCUUCAAGAGUUACCUGGAAGAGAAGGACAUUCGCCGAAUGUGA